AUGGUAGAAGCCCCUCAAAGAAACAAUUUGGCUAGGGAGACCUCCUUCAACAAACCAAUUAGCAGCCAUGACAGUCAUAUCAUGAACAGCCUUCAUCACAACGAACUUGGAAAUCACAACGUCAACCAUGACGACAAAAUGCGAGAUCGUGUCCAUGGUUUCGACAUGGAUUUUGACAGAACACCAACCGCGGCAGACACUCACCAGGCAUUUUCGGAGCCAAGCAUGUUCCCAGCUGAUGUCGACAGCCCUUGGGGAGGCCUGAUUCCCACCUUUGAUGAACCACCCCAUCUCGCGUGGCAAUUUGAACAACCUGGCCCCUUUUACGACCUGGACCCUCAUUUCCCACCCCGAUUCAACCGAGGCGAAGGCGCAAAGUCGCCUCAGUCGCCAUUAUCACACGUCAGAUUCGAUGAAAACACUACCGGCAGUAAUAAUAGCUACGGCCAUCAAUGCUCCGAACUAGCUACUUCCACCAUUCAAAAACUCGACAUCCCUAUGAUACCUUGUUCUUUAGCGUCUAACCAUAACUCCACUACCUCUUCUGCUAUGAUAGCGGCCGCGGCUUCUUCAGUCUCGGGUACUUCAGGCACUGCGACCCCAAUAUUACCAUCUCAGCCGAGCCAGGCUUCUAGGCGGGGGUCCCGCAGUUUUGAAAUUAUCCUGAGAGAUAACCGUACCGCGCUGGAAGACAUGCUUACCAUUUUACAAUGCCCAUGCACGGUCAAGGCAGAACUUGUUUUCCUGGUAACUGCUGUAUGCUCCCGUGUGCUUUCCUGGUAUGAAGCCAGCCUUGAGCGUAGCAGCAGCGGCUGCAGUAUUUCCAGUGCCGCAACAGCAAGCAAUGCUUCAACUUCAUCGAGCAGUACCUCUGCCGGAUCAACAGCCGCCACCACAAGCUCCAAUGCAUCAUCGUCCCCUUUCUUUGACUGGGUAUCCAUUCCAUCCAUCCGUAUGGGGGCAUAUGCACUUGAUCAUGAACAUUCACAACGCAUGGUUGCACAAUUAAUACAAAUAGAGUUGACGAAAGUGAAAGAAGUCAUAGAUGCAUUUGCACGGACCUACUGUAACCGCAGUGAUGGGCCUUCGAAAUAUGGAUCCCACGGUCUUGUCACAGAAGACAGUGAGGACAAAUUGCACCUGGCGUUGGAGGCGUUUUUGCGGAGCCGGCUGCGGGCAGCCGUGAGAGCUGCAAGGGAACACCUUAGUUAA